UUUCCCUACUCUGCACUGUGCAAGAUAGGAGAGGAGUGAAGGAGCAGAAAGAGGAGCAAGAAGAGGGGAUUUGCCGAUCUGAAGAGAGACGGACGGUGGAGAGGGACCAUGGCUGCUCUCUCUGCCUUGCUAAAGACAUGGGUCAUCCUGCAAACCCUGUGCCUGGCUUUGGCCCAAGUGAGUGUUCCACCUGGACUUCGGGGUCCACCAGGUCCUCCAGGCCCCUCUGGUACUCCUGGCUCAGAUGGCAUUGAUGGAGAGAAAGGACCCCCUGGGCCCCCUGGUCAAAUAGGACAAAAGGGGGAGCCAGGAGAGCCUGGCACUUAUGGACCUCCAGGGGAGAAUGGCAUUGAUGGUUUGAUUGGAGCGAAAGGUGAUCGCGGACCAAUUGGUAGCCCUGGGCCAAAGGGUCAACCAGGUCCAAGUGGUGAACCUGGACGUCCAGGAUUCGGCCUUCCAGGUCUGGCUGGUGCCCCAGGGCCAAUUGGUAUUCCAGGUCAAAUUGGACCGCCUGGACCAAAGGGUGUUUUGGGGCCACCAGGUCCUCCAGGACUCCCUGGACCUCCAGGCAAGCCAGGUCCUCCAGGCAAGUUUAUUGGUCUUGAGGAGGGUAGUGCAGACUUGCAGUGUCCUCUCAACUGCCCAGCAGGGCCUAAAGGCCCUCAGGGUCUACAGGGUGUUAAAGGACACAAAGGGCGUGCUGGUGUUCUUGGAGACCCCGGCAGCAUAGGGAAACUGGGAUCCAAGGGAGAUGUCGGUAUCUCUGGGGAACAGGGCAUCCCAGGACCCACGGGCCCAGUGGGUCUGAGGGGUUAUCCAGGAAUGAUGGGUCCUAAAGGAGAGGCAGGCCCUCGUGGUUACAAGGGCAUCAUCGGACCUGUAGGAAUUUCUGGACCUCCUGGUGAGGAAGGACCCCGGGGGCCACUUGGAGAUUCAGGAGAAAAAGGAGACACAGGUGGCCGAGGUAUCCAGGGCCCACAGGGGGCAGUUGGCAAAAAGGGGGAGAAUGGUCUUCCGGGUAUCGAUGGAAAAGAUGGCACACCUGGCAUUCCUGGAAUCAAGGGUGCUGCUGGGCAACCUGGAAUGCCUGGCCCCCCUGGCUCUCAGGGGACAGCAGGACUACCUGGCACUCCAGGGGCAAAGGGGGAACCUGGAGUAAAGGGGGAUCCUGGACCAAGGGGCAAUGUUGGCAUGGCUGGCACUCCUGGUCCUUUGGGUGAACCAGGUAUUCCUGGAGAGCCAGGUAUGGAAGGAGUCCCUGGACCCAAGGGUGAUAGAGGACAGCGGGGACCGGUGGGGCCACAGGGACCUGUCGGCAAACCAGGAAGCAAAGGAGAAACAGGGCCUAUUGGCAUCCCAGGUCCACAGGGACUUACUGGAACUAAGGGAGACCAGGGCUUCCAAGGCAAAGUUGGUUCGAAGGGCGACAUAGGCGACCCAGGCGUUGAGGGAUUGGCUGGCGAGAAAGGCGAAAAGGGUAUGUCUGGUGAACCUGGGCCGAAAGGACAGCAAGGAAUUAGGGGGGAUCCUGGACACAACGGACCUACUGGAGACCCUGGUAAACCAGGAGACCCAGGACCACCUGGACUGCCAGGUCCAAGGGGACUUAACGGAGAGAGGGGAGCACCUGGCAUGCCAGGAAUUGCAGGAGCAACAGGGCGUGACACAUCUGACCAGCAUAUUAUCGAAGUCGUGCUGAAGAUGUUGCAGGAGAGAUUGCAGCAAGUGGCAGUGAGUGCUAAGAGGGCUGUGCUUGGCGGUGCGGGUGUAAUGGGACCUCCUGGCCCCCCUGGGCCACCAGGACCACCUGGCCCUCAGGGGUCACAUGGCUUACCUGGUGCCCGAGGUAUCCCCGGUAUGAUUGGAGGACCUGGGCAGAUUGGAAACACGGGGCUAAAAGGAAAGAGAGGGCCAAAGGGAGAGAGAGGAAAUCCAGGUAAACCUCACCCAGGUCAGCCAGGAUCUCCUGGGAUACAAGGUCCUUCUGGUGUUGAUGGUGUAGCUCGGGAUGGCAGGCCUGGUGAGAGAGGACCUCAGGGAACAGCCGGCGAGCCAGGGUAUCCUGGUAAAGCAGGGCCCGCUGGUCUCCCUGGUUUCUGCGAGGCAGCAAUGUGUCUGGCUGCAUCAGCGUACACCUCGCCAAGAUUACAAGAGGCGGGAACGAUCAAAGGACCCAAUAUUUAGAGACCCCUUUCUCUAAAUCAACUGCUGGGGACGGAGGAAAGGGAGUGUAUGCUCUCCUCAGUCGAUUAACAUCAGAAAAUGAGAGUUGGGGGCAAUGAAAGCAUAGUGACUGGAUGUCUAGGCCCCCCAACUUUCCUAGAUAUUACAAUUGAAAGAUUUGACUGGUGGGAUAUCAUGAUCUUAAUACCACACAUCACCAUGACAACAGCAGCUCACAGCCACCCACAUCCUUAGGAAUUCUCGAGUGUAUUGGAUGAUGUCAGUGUCAGUCCCAUCCAAAUACCAUAUUCCUUUCUUGGCAGUGAGACAGGAGCAGAUUCAGAUUGAACCACCAUGCCUCCUACCAACACACUAUCUAAAAGCAGAGAGAUGCUGAAAAUCAAAAAAUGGUGAAAGGUGGUUUUAAUUAACAACAUGGUCACUUAAAUGGUUACAAGUAGAUGCCAUAACUUGUGUGUUCUGAAGGUCAGAUUUUCUCUCUCUCAACUGGAACGUCAAACCUUAAAAAUUUACAAAGAGGACAAAUAAAUGAUUGCAGCCUAAGUUUCAGUGCUGUGUUAUAAAACGUACCUUAUGAUCUGUAAGCUUGAGUGAAAUCCUUGAUUUAACUCAUGUAAAUUGCUUCCCCCGCCUCCAAUCCCCCUGCUUUCUACCUUUCUAAGUCUCAUUUUAGAAACUAACGACAAGACGACAAGCUUCAUCUUUUCCUCCUGUUGCUUGGCAACAGCAUAUCCCAGUAGGCACUCCCAUCUCCCACAAUACAGUGCUGUAAAUCUUUGUAAAUGUGUGUUGAUUAUUAUAUGUAGAAGAAGGAAUGGGGUAAAAUAUACACCGACAGAGACCAUGUGUUAAUGGAAACAGUGAAUACUGUGCAGAUCCUUCAGAAAUAAUGACUUUUCCUCAAAACAAUUAGUUAACAGCUCAAAUGUGCUUUCUAUGCCACUGUCAGAUUUCCACAGGAUGACUGAUUUAUGUCAUUAAAAAGAAGCUAUUUAUUGUUCUUGAUAUAUUCACCUGUUAAAAAAAUAAUGGGGGGUUAUUUGUGAAUGUUCACUUUUACCCAAACCAAUAAAGAGGAACCUUUUAUAAAAUCCAA